AUGCGAUGUGUGGACUACACGGCACAAGAGAAGGAGUUUGCAGAGAUUGUGGAGGGCCCCAACGCGAAGGUAUUCAAGCACCAACCAGUUGAAGGGAAACCACACCCAGGACGCCAUGGAGAGACGGCCCCGGAAAUGAUCAGGAAGGCGCAGAGUUUGGCAGAAGGACCAGUGUUGGGUGCCUUACAGGGAGUUUCAGAUGACCUGUACGCAUGGGCUGCGGCGAGGGAGGCCAUGGGCAAUUGUUUGGCGGAGUUUGAGGCCAAGAUCUUCGAGAAGGUGGAUAUGUGUGCCUAUGGUCUCGCACCUUUGGAUGCCGGGGAGCCACACCACUUCUACAAGCACCGCACAGGAUGCCGAGCCAACACCACAGUCACCAGAUGUGCUGAGGCUGGGGUUUAUUCGACGCACUUCGUGGCAGCGAUUGUGGAGGCCCUGCAGACGUUGGUGAAGGGGGGGGUGAUCAAGGCGAUCAAGGGAGCUCAAGUGGAAGUUCAGAAGGUGAAGGUGGAGAGGAUCCAGGAGACGAUGAUGGUUCGGAAGGAACAGAUUUUGAGGAGCAGAGAGAAGGAGAAGAGGAGAGUGAGGAGUUCAUACCAGAUGAGGAGACGACCCCCUACCAGUGUGGCAGAUUCCCCUCCAAGUGGCAACCCAGAGGCAGAAAGUAGCCCAGAGGAGGGGCCCUCAAAUUUUGAGGAAGAAGGCGAGGAGGAGAGCCCUACAGAAGGAAGAGGAAGAGACAUUGCUGUCAACCGAGCUGGAGGAGACGAGACGUUCUACAGUGAGGAGACAGGUUUGUUGUGGAUCAGACACAGAGCGAGAAGACGGCGGUACGUGGUCCCAGGCGGCCCGGGCUGCCCCUUUUCCCAGGAGUACUUCAAACCCAACCGAUGGACGAAGUGUCAGAAUGCGGACACCGAGAAUCCUUUGGAGACGGUAGAGACGGAGGACAACUGGGAAUUUUUCCAAGAUUGUGAAGGAGAGCGACGCGAUCCAGAAGAGGAUGAAGAAGGGCAAGACAGACCAGGAGAUGAGGACGCUGAGAAAGAAGGUGGAACAAGGUCCAGGAGUCCGCGAGGACGAGAGGAGUCGAGGCCUACGAGCGCAGCAAGCGGCAGAGCAGGGGGCUCAAGAUGGACUUCCUUUAAGGCUGAGGGUAUCAACGUCCUGGCGGAGCAGGCAGCUUUCCAGUAUGUCAAGGUCAUUGAUGAGAUCGAGGACCAGGAGGCAUCGACUUGGCGGCGUAUCUGUGAGGCUGGUGAUGCUCUAUUGGAAGAAGCGGGUAAUGUGGAGCAAGCAGCAAAGGCGCUUUGGAUCGUGAGGGAGAAAUUGGAUCGCAACAACCUGAAAGGGGUCGAUGAUCAGAUGCUAGAUUCUUUGCUUCACCCUGAUCACUUGGCGUACCUGAGGGAAGUACGAGAAGCCGGCAUGCCAGCGAGGUAUGAAAGAGUGCGACAAAGGGUGGCUACACAACCUCACCCCAGAGCCAGGGACAAUUUGAACCAGGUGUACAAGCAGCUGAUGAAGGAUGUAGCCAAACACCGAGUUUUGGUAGUGAGUUCCAACCAUCCCGGCCUGCGACACACAGCUUCCUCCCCGUUUGAGACUGUGCCCAAGAUGCUGCCCAACAGGACGCUUUCUACGGAGGUCCGACUGGUACAUGAUCAGAGGAACAUCAAUGGGGGGACGGCGAAGGAACUACAUCCACCCGCCACACAGCAGUUGCACGUGCAGGUGAUCAGAAGAAUCCUGUUUUGGAAGGCGAUGUUCCCAAAGGUGCCGGUGGUUCUGGCGAAGAAGGACGUGGCAGGAGCGUUUCGGCUGUUGUGGAUAGACCCGCAAGAUGUCGAGUUGUUUGCGGGGGAUGUUCCUUGGAGACCCGAUCAGAUGGGCACAGGCCUUGGGAAGGUGCAUGACAAGGACCCCACCGGAGUGACCUUCUUGUUCCUGGUGAGCAGUUUUGGGUUUUCUGGCUCCCCGGGAGAAUGGACAGCUUGGGGACGAGGCACUGAGGAGCUACACAGAUGCUUCUGCCCACAGGAGGGCCGGAGAGAUGGGUCACUGCACUUUGACGGGAAGAUUUUAGUAGAUGACAUGGUGCUGGUGGAGCCCUGUGUUGGACUACGGCCUUGGGUGUCAAGUGAAACGUACGAAUGGGCAGUCAGACAACUUUUGGGCAGUCAUGCCAUCAAUGCGGCCAAGGAUGCAGAGGAGGGACAGUUCUCGGAGGUGCAGACGGUGUGGGGAGUUCAGAUCAACGCUAGCACAGAGAAAAUGUCCUUGCCGGAGACGCGGGUGCUGAAAGGUGCGUAUUUGUUGGCAGAACCGCAGUUCAACUAUGGCGAGAGGAGCUUGACGUUGAAGGAUGUGCAGAGGUUCAGAGGGAUAGCUACAGGUUGGGCCACGGUCGUGAAGGGUCUGAGAAACGAGCUCAAAGCUGCCGACAGGUUUUUGGGAGGAGUUGACGGAGGAGCGAGAAUCAGCCCUUCCAGAUGCUCCACAGAGGCUGAAGAGGAGAUGGCAUGGGCGGAUCUCUGGGACAUUUUCGAGGAUUGCAGAUGGCUGUGCUCCCGAUCAGAGACGUGGGCAGAGAAGUUUGGCGGAGACAUCCGGGAAGCACUUGGGCCCCUGGAAAGGCUUGCGUUGCCGGACCAACACUUCUCCAAGGCGGUCUUCGUAUCUUCAGAUGCUACGCCCUCGACUUUGGGAUCCAUUGACUGGACCAACGGUAUGGCAAGCCGGGAGGACGUGGAGGAGCUCAAACCAUGGAUUUCAAGGGUUUUGACCGCAGAAGCCGCGGAGGAGGAAGGGCCGUUGGCGAUCCAUUUGGAGAAAUGCUGUCCUUUGUGGCGUUUGCUUGCAGCGUUGGGUAUCUAUGGGUUGGCAAGGUGGUGGUGUAUGGUGGCGACAACAAGACGGUCUACCACUGGAUCACAACAAGGAGGAGCAAUGUCAGAGCGGGAAGAUUGCUGA